AUGGCGCGAUUUUCAGGUGCUACCUUAUCUACAUUUACGCUUUCAAAAAAUUCUUAUUCGUGGGCAUAUGCGUUCAAGAUGUCAGCAAUUACCAUGGCCAUCGCAUAUGUACUGUUCUGCUUUGGUUUUUUUCUAUUUCAAUGGUUAGACAAAGCUGCUAUUGCGGAGUCUGGAAAGCAAGAAGAAAGUAAAAGAGAGGUUGCACAAGUGAAUAACGAAAAAAAAGUUUUAUUAAGAAUGGUACCUAUGUGGUUAACCUUCCUUGUGUACAGUGUGGUGGAGGCAACCGGGACUACUUUCUUCCUUGAGCAAGCUACCAACUUGAAUUAUCAAAUUGGGAAUGGAUACACUGUUUCAGAAAACAUUUUCUUUUUGUUCAAGUCCUUCUCAAGCUUCAUUUUUGCUUAUCUUUGCGACUUACUAAUCAAAAAGUUCCGCGAUAGACAAACACAACAUCAAUUUACGCUUGUGAGAAUUGGUUUGGGGUUGGUGAGUUGCAUAUUAUGUUGCAUCACUGCAAUGCAGGUUGAGAUUCGGAGGUUGCAUUUAGUUAAGAAAGCGGGAUUGGAAGACAACACAGAAACUACUAUUUCUAUGAGUAUUUUGUGGUUAACUCCACAGUACUGUUUGUUGGGAGUUAUGGAAGGAAUUGCCGCAGAAGGGCUCCAAACAAUUUUCAAAAGUCAAGUUGCUGAUGAGAUACCUGAAUAUAGAAUCUACGGGCAGGCGUUCACGGACUGUGUAUUGGGCAUUGGGAAAUUCAUUAGCAUAGGCUGUGUCUUCAGUUUCAAAAUCUGGUUCGGAGGCAAUGUAAAUAGGAGCCGUUUGGAUCGCUAUUACAAAAUGUUAGCUUUUCUCUGUGUUGGCAACCUAUUGGUCUACAUUUGCGUUUCAAUCUUGUAUUAUUGGAAUAAAGUUCCAGCCGGAAAAGAAGAAGACUCAAAAGAUGACUCCGGAGGUGCAAACUCAAAAGAGGAGAACGGAUGUUUAGACUUUGUAGAUGCUUGUACACAAGCUUUUAGUUAA